AUGAAUUCACCUCCAAAGCGCCGUAGGACCGGCGAGGGUGUGGGUGUCACUAUUGGCGCGUCGCAGGGCCCCGAACUUAGCAGGGAGUCGCGUUCACCAAGUCGCGCAUCCUUUCAAUCACCCACGAGGGCAAGCCUAGCCAGGUCGCAUCCAGAAGUUCUCGAACGCGCACUCAGCAGGUCUCCCAGCAGACAAUCACCAAGUCGGGACAAUCAAAACAAAAGCCCUCAAAAAGAUGACGCCAGAAGUGUUGGUCUCCGUGAUCGUAAAGCUCUUCGGCCCUCAUUGAAUCCUUCGAGUCCUCUCAAAGCACCGAGAACGUCCGGAUCGCCAAUGCUAUUUUCGCCCAGCAGACGUCCCAGUGGCAUUCAAGCAUUUUCAAAGCCACCUCGCCGACUAUCUAAGAGAAUCUCGGCGACGGACUUUAUCUUUGGCUCGCCCGUCCGCAAACAACCACAACCGAAACAAGACAACCUCUCCAAUACCCCAGAGGACCAACUAGCUCUAGAGCUGGGAACCGCGGCACACGAACCAAACAUGGAUGUUGAUAUGGAUACCAAUGAGCCUGGUGGUGGGCUGGGGGAUGACGACGAUGAUUCUCUGGAGCCAGAUCUACCCCCAACACCAACGCAAUUAGGUCUGGUCAAAGCACCCGAUCGACCAAGGGGACUGCUUAGCAGCAGCCCGAGCGCACGACAUGAGAAACGAAUGAAACGGCAAGCGACAGAUGUGCUUCAAGGAAGCCCAUUGAAAACUUUGAAGUUCCAAUCACCGGUGGAAGAACUCCCAUACGACGAUACGGCUUUUACACAAGAGAAUGUUUCUGCAGCUGUACUCGAGAAAAUGAACUCUCGCAAGAGCCUAGAAGAAGAGCUACGCCGAUUGAAAAACGACGUGGCCGAUCUAAGCAAAUGGGCCGAGAAGGUCGACUCGGGCAUGAAUCUGUCAAGUGACACGAAAGAGUUCAAUAGAUUCUUGAAUCUUCUUGUCGAAGAGUCGGCGCACAUCAAUGAACCAGUGCCACCACGAGCUCCCGUGUCCAUGUCAGCGCUACUCUCCACCCUCCUCCCAUUCUCAGCAAACCUCCCUCGCCCAGCGCCUCAAGCAUCUCCGAUGCCCACAAACCCAUUCGCGCUGAAGGAGACAUCAAAGGCACCAUCCUAUCUAACCGUGUUUUCUCCCUUAACACUUCGAACAAAUUCAAGUCGCACAGCUUCGAAAUCGGCUUCCUUACUGGAGACACACACCUUGACAUUCUCUGCACCAUCCCCAUUCCCAGCAUCAUUAUACAAUGUCUCCGUUGUAUACGAAACCAACCCGGAAACACAGACCGUGACUUCCGUCUCAGUACCAACGGGCAAUGAAAGCAAAAAACGAAGAGUUCCAGAGGCACUCCGACAAUGGAUCGACUCCCGGCUCGAGAACCCCCUUCUCGCGCUUGACGUGGCAACUCUAUGCUGGGGCAUCAAUCGGUAUUGGGAAGCAUCGGUAGCGCGGGCACAGCUCUGGGCGCGAAUUGACAACAACCACGGCAACGGCUCUGCUAAACGCGCCAAGGAGGCUUUCCCGGAAUCUCAAGACGGCAUCAUCACAGUCUCUGAGCUUCGACGUCUAGUCCCGCAUCUUGAGCGCAGCACGAUGGUUGUCAAGGCUGGGUCUUCUAGCAGCAACGCCCCUCGAGUGCUUCUCUCGAAUGCAUUAGUCAUGGACGAGUGGACUGGAGAACCACAGCUCCAACCUGAGCUUAGCGUGUCAGUCUCCGGUGGUGGGACUGGAUCGAGCAAGAAGAUCGACCAGGAGACUAGGAAAUUAUUCCAUGUUCUGCUACGCGAGGAAGGGAUCUCUGCUACUGGUGGAAACGUGACGGGGGGCGUGCAUGCGGAUGCGAUUUUAAGGGCAACUGAGGGUGCCCUCGGUGCUUUGCUACGAAGUGCUUGA